AUGGACUCAUCUGCCCGAGCGUACAUUCCCCUCGACGAUGAAUCCCCGAGAGAUCUGUUCAAGAAAGCCACAGAUUUCUAUAAAGUCAUCCAAGAUAAGCUACAGGAAAAGGGCAGUGAUGGUACUGCACUUAUCAGUGACACCCUGACACGACAUUUGGGUACUGUGAUCUUUGGCAGUAACUACAUCGAACGUGCUGGCCUUAAUUUGGAGGAGACUAUCAAGAUCUGCGAACGUAUCUUCAGGGGAGAGUUCACGCCAGCAUCCCAUAUCAUCCGAAGCCGGCGAGAGGUAGUCCAACAUGCGUUGGCGCUGAACUUCUUAAUAACUGAAAUGGUCGUUAACGACAAGCCACUUUCUGAGGACCUGAUCCUGCGUACCCACCGCAUUUUGACGGAGUGUAUUGACACGGCUGGGGGUAUCCCCUGGACGGAAUACUCCGGCAGAUAUAGAAAGGUACAUGUCCAUGCGGGAAACACGAAUUUCGUUGCGCCCAAAUACGUGCCAGCAAAAAUGAGAGAGCUAAUUGCCGAUUUCGAGGGAGAUGUUCAUAAAAUUGAAUCUACCCAUGUCCUUGAUCCGUUCACCUUGGCUGCCAAGUACUGCAAUGACUUUGUGAUGAUUCAUCCUUUUGCAGACGGUAAUGGAAGAAUGUGUCGAUUGAUCAUGAACGCAAUACUCCUAAAGUACGCCGGGAUCGUCAUCUGUCUGGGUGAGCACGAUGAGAGCCGCCAGCAAUAUAUCAAUAUUCAGAAGCGUGCAGGGGAACGCAUGGAAGGUUCAGGAGAGCUUGCGGCACUGAUUCUUAAGAAAUCAAUUGCCAGAUAUCGAACUAUCAAGCAGAAAAUCAGCGGGAAGAAGCAAGGCUGA